AUGGAGCGCACCAGUGUGGGGCGGCGAGGGCCAAGCAGAGGUGUCGCCGCACAAGAAAGACAAGUCUACUUGAACUUUGCUGGACCGUUUCACGGUGAUGGAGCACCGCUUGAGAGCCCAAACGUGGGUGCUACAAAAGGCCCAGCUAAGCCACCAGCAAACGGUGCACCAGUUGUCUGCCCAACAGAACCACCAAACCAGUUUUACAAGCCCAUUCAAGGUACUCAGGAACAUUCCGGUACCCUCGUAUCUCCCCCCAGACAAGGCGAGCUACUGACUCAUCUUACAGGUACGAGUUUAUUAGAAUCCGGGAGACAAGGAGUGGCUGUUUCGAACUAUGGUCAAAGUCUUGGCCCUAUGGAUCCAACCCACGUCGGCUCGAAGCCUGAGGCUGAAUAUGAGCUUUCAAUCUCCGUUGAACACACUACCGAGGCUCACAAGCUGUUGAUGUGGCCUUAA